AUGGAAUCUCCUGCUACGGACGAGAGCUUGAAGGCAGCGGAGAGGAGGCAACCCGACGGUCUCCGGCGGGUGGACGUUGCCCUCCGGGCGGCGGUAUUCGUUCUCGAAGCUGUGGCAGUCGGUUGCCUCCUCACCGCCAACCAGACGAAGACGGUCGCCUUGCCGUUUGCGUCGUUUCCAAUGUCCGUAGAGGCCAAGUUCAGCCACUCCUCCGCCUUCGUGUAAGCGAGAGAGAGAGAGAGAGAGAGAGAGAGGAGGGUUUGUGAGGGAAGAUUUGCUGACUUGGUUGCGAGUGGUGCAGAUACUUGCUGGUGGCGUCGUCGGUGGUCGUAGUCUACACCGCCGCCUCCGCCGUGUCCGUGCUCCGGCUGUCGAAGUCGGUUCAUCCCAGUUUCCUGCUGCUCGUCCUGGUCUUCCUCGACGCGGUAAGGGCAUGGUUUCCUCAAGCCGCCGUCGCCGGAGGCGUUGACUUUAAUUAUUUCAUAGUCUGCCAUAAGAAUCUUUCUUCAUGGAGACCUGUAUCCUGUCUAGAGAUCUCGGCACGGUUUCAAAAAUAGAAAAACGAAGCAGAAAAUUUCCAACUUUUUUGGUAAAAGGAUGAACGUCAGUUAAUUAGGAAAGAAAAUCAUUUUCGUCAUCAUCAACCAUGCCCUUUUAAGUAUGGCGUAUUUUGCAACCGAGAAUAUUUAAAUGCAAAAUAUUCUCAAAUUAGAAAAAAAAAACAUGAUUUCCCUGAUUAAUAUCUACCAAAAUUAACCAUGGAAAUCCCUUUUCGUUGAUUUUUUUUAAAUAUUGACAUUUUUCACACCAACUCUACGAAGUAUCCACAAGUUGAGAUGUUAUGUUGCUCAAAUUAUUAUUUUUUUAAAUGAGAAUUUUGGAGAUUAUUUUCCCGAUCUAAAGUAAAAUUCGUUAAUCGGGAAAACAAACCCUUUUCGACAGGCGAUGGCGGCGAUCAUGGCAUCAGGAGCGGCGGCGGCGGCCUCCGCUGGAUACGUCGCCCUCAAAGGCGACGACCACCCGGGAUUGAACGUCUGCAACGUGUACGGCAGGUUUUGCAUGCAAAUGGGCACCUCGAUCCUCCUGUCUCUUCUGGUCGCAGUACUCCUCUUAAUGCUCGUCUUCUCCUCCGCUUUCUCUCUCUACCGCCGUGGCCGCCAACUCUCCUGA